AUGCAGUUCUUUUUUCCAAAGCGGUAUCGAAACCACCGGCUCGUGUUUUAUUUGAUGUUUGUCGAGUUCCCAUUUGUAGUUGUCACCUUGACUUUGAGUGGUGUUGCUUCCCAUAACCUCUAUAGCACUUUGCUAUGGCAGGAUGGCGCAGAUAAUGGGUUCAACAGUGCCCCAGAUGAGGCACUAUACGCUGCUGCCAACUAUAAAGCAUACAAAACUCCCAUGGUGUGGUCUUCGUUCCUCACCGAGUACAAUCUCGUCCUCGGCGUGCUGGCUCUCUUCUUCUUCAUCGCUAAAUUCCCCGUCCAUUCCAUGCACUUGUUUCACCCGCCCCUGGCCGCUAUAAUUCACCUGGGCUGCUUUAUCCUCUUUAUCAUCUCCGUAAGAUACCAGGCAGGAAGCGAUAUGUCAGAUUCGGCACACCCACAACCAGGAGCGCCGUGGUAUAUUACCAAGCCAUGCAGUGUCGCCCACUACUCAUCCAACAUCGGAUACUGCAAGCAAUCCAAAUCACUGUUCGGCGUUAACAUCGUCCUAAUUUUGAUUUACUUCGCAGAGCUCUGCGUCAGCAUCCAUUCUUGUUUCAUCACCAAGAAAGAAAAAGCCGAGAUAUUGGCCGAGAGAGAGGAAAAGCGCAUCGAGAAACACUUUGAGGAAGUAGUCCUCAAAUCACCCGGCGGCAUCCCCAUGACGCCUAAAUUCGGCCACGGAGGUAUGGCUCCUCGUACACCAGGCUUCCCGCCAACAGUAGUCGGUGGUUCCAUGAGCGGUACUCCUCCUUCAUCGUUUACUCCUCGCACGCUAGCCUUCAACCGACUUGGAAGUCAGUCGUCGGAUCUUCCGCUCCGCGAUAAUUCCGCUACCUCAACGCCCCACAUACAGUCUCAGCAGACUCCGACAGCAAAUUCUGGAGGGCUUUACUUCCCGCCGCCGCCAAAGAGCAGCGGGAAGAACUGA